AUGAACACGAACGGCAAUAUUGGCUCGCAGGAGGGCGGUAACGGUACCGAUUACGGUUCCACCGAGGAGACGGCCGCCCUGUUAAGCAGGGGGCCACCUCCGCCGGUCGUGGUCCCAGCGGCGGUGUCUCAGGGCAAGCCGGUGCUCACGCGACAGGAUCGAACGACCUUUCUGGUCGCUUCGCCGCAGUUGUCCGUUUCGGGGCUCGGCGGCUCCGAGGAGAGCGGUACGAACGAGGACCCGGCCACGAGAUCGGUACCGGACAUCGAGCUGCACUGCCGACUCGACGGUGACGUACAGCCGCAGUCAUUGUCGCCCCAGCCGCAACCGCAAACGCAGGUUCAGCUGCCGGUCGCGACCACCAUAUACCGGUCCAGGCAGUCCUCGCAUCAGCACAAGUGUCGCUGCGACCGAAGGGACUCGCUCGCCCCUUCGUCCGCCUUCCAUCUUGCGCGCAGCGUUUCCAGGGAAAGCGUGAAGAGCGGGCACCACUGUUGCCCGUGCCAGGCCCAUCCGCCGUUGGUUCUCGUCACAUCGUCGCCGAGCACGCGGAUAAUACGGCAGAGCUCGCAACCGGAAGCGUCCGCGUGCUGUUGUUCCGGAUGUUGUUGCCCUCUGCACAGCGGCACAGCGCCGAGUGCUGCCUCCCUGCGGCAGCUACGGGAGCCCGGGGACGGAAUCGCUGGCAUUGCUGCGGACUCGUUGCGGAUCAAUGGCGGGAUUCGACAAUUCCGACAGUUCCCGUGGUGGUGCAAAUCGUCGUCGACGACAAUGCCGACGACACCUCCGCCGCCCAUGGGUAUGGGACUCGGUUCCGGCUCCGGUAUGCAGGGCGCCCAGGGGGUCGUACUCUGUCCACGUACGCUGUCGCAGGUCCGACGAUCACGGCUACGAAGGGCCCUCACCGAGGCGACCGCCGAGACCGUCAACUACGUCAAGACGCUACGGAAGCCAGUGUCGACUCUCUCGAUCCCGGGGGCGAUGAAGAACAGCGGCGGCGUGGCCGGUGGGGGCAGCGUGGGUGGCGCCGGGGGCGUCGGCGGGUGUGCUGGUUGUGGUGGCGGGGGUGCCGCUGGGACCGGCGAGGACGCCGGUAUCGCCCUGGUUGGCGUCCACUCGGAGCACCCGGGGCUGGCCGGUGACGGCCAGAUGAAGUCGCGCCGUAUAAGGCCCGGCCUGAAGUACAAACCGAACGUCGGCUACCGGCUGGGCAGACGGAAGGCCCUGUUCGAGAAACGGAAACGCAUCAGCGACUACGCGCUGGUCAUGGGCAUGUUCGGGAUCAUUGUGAUGGUCAUCGAGAACGAACUGUCCAGCGCCGGUGUCUACACCAAGGCCUCGUUUUACUCGACAGCAUUGAAAACCCUGAUCUCUGUGUCUACUGUGAUACUGCUUGGCCUCAUAUUUGUUUACCAUGCCUUAGACGUUCAGUUGUUCAUGAUCGAUAACUGCGCGGACGAUUGGCGGAUCACGAUGACCUGGCAGAGGAUCGCGCAGAUUACACUCGAGUUGGUAAUCUGCGCGAUCCACCCGAUCCCAGGGGAGUACUACUUCUUGUGGACGACCAAGCUGGCGAACAAGGGCGGUGACUUCGGCUCGAAAUGGGUACCUUACGACGUCACCCUCUCGCUGCCGAUGUUCUUCAGACUCUACCUCAUCUGUCGCGUAAUGCUGCUGCACUCGAAGCUGUUCACCGACGCCUCGUCCCGCAGCAUAGGGGCCUUGAAUCGUAUUAACUUCAACACCAGGUUCGUCUUGAAGACACUGAUGACCAUCUGUCCGGGCACCGUGUUGCUAGUCUUCAUGGUCUCGCUAUGGAUCAUCGCUUCCUGGACGUUACGUCAAUGCGAGAGGUUUCAUGACGAGGAGCACGCGAAUCUCCUUAAUGCUAUGUGGCUCAUCGCUAUCACGUUUCUGAGCGUCGGUUUCGGUGACAUCGUGCCCAACACGUACUGCGGUCGAGGUAUAGCCGUUUCCACCGGAAUAAUGGGCGCCGGAUGCACGGCCUUGCUGGUGGCGGUUGUUUCCAGGAAGCUCGAGCUCACAAGGGCGGAGAAGCACGUUCAUAACUUUAUGAUGGAUACGCAAUUAACGAAAAGGCUGAAAAACGCCGCGGCGAACGUGUUGCGCGAGACGUGGCUAAUUUACAAAUACACACAGAAGGUGAAACGUGUCAAUCCGGGACGUGUUCGAACGCACCAGCGGAAGUUUCUGUUGGCUAUAUACGCACUCAGGAAAGUCAAAAUGGAUCAACGAAAGUUAAUGGACAACGCCAACACGAUCACGGAUAUGGCCAAGACGCAGAACGCGGUGUACGAGAUCGUCUCGGACAUGAGCAGCCGUCAGAACGACCUCGAGAGCCGUCUGGAGGACCUGAGGGUCUGGCAGCUUGGCCUAGAAGAUAAACUGUCCGGCCUUCAGGGUCAGCUGAUGAUGCUGCCGGAGGAGCUGACCAGGUGCCUAGACCAACAUGCCGAGCGUAUAGACAAGAGACGGAACUUCCUUCACCCGGACACCGCGGUCCCGAUGACGACAUCUGGCGGCGGUGGCGUUGUCUGCGUAUCUCCUGGGAACAGCCUCUCCCCAGUGAUACCAGGCGAACCAAGCAAACCAAACGCGCCCAGCACCAAGUCCCUAUACCCGUGGUCGGCCAGCCCGAUACUGCCACCGGUCUCGAGCCGUACGCCUCGGCUGGUGGCGGAAACAGGGAAAUCGAACUCCACGGUGGUCACGACGACACAGUCGCAAUCGGCCACCAGGCUCACCUCGCAGUCCGGCGUUGGAGGAAUGGGCAACAGCCAGGGGUCCGACAAGUCUGCACACAGCUGA